GUCGAGAUCUACACGCUCCGGCAACGGGGACUAUGACUUCACCAUCCAAAGUUGCUGCCGUUCAUCGAAGGCCCAUGAAGGUCGUUGCCAUUACGUGCCGCUGGUCAACCGUGCUGGCGCGUACUCUCCGCACUCGGCUAUCGAGACCUGGAUACAACCGGUGAAGCCGAAACUACCGGACGCACGCAAAUGGUCUCGAAUGCGGGGAGUUCAAACACGAUGAAGUCGAUGUCCGACUUUUCAACGGAUACUGUAUAAAAGGGUUGGUGUUCGCAUCUUCACUGGCUAUCGAUGGUGUUCCAAAUUCUAUGAGCAAGGACACCCCGGACUCUAUCCAAGUCGAGACGCUAUGUCAGUUGAGAAGGAAGUAUUCCUCAUUGGCCCCGGCCUGAUAGGUGCGGACCUGUUAGAACUCCUUCUGGAGGAUGGGUAUCAUGUCACCACGAUGGUGCGCCGGGAAGAGCACGCCGCACAAAUCCGGGAAUUGGGCGCAAAGGUGAUCAUGGGCACAUUGGAUGACAAGGACAUUAUCCGACAGCAUACGAUUGCAAGCCCGAUAGUCAUCCAUGCUGCAACGGCAGACCAUCUUCCUUCAGUCAAGGCGGUGAUUGAAGGCGUCCGAGAGCGUGCCGAAAAAGGACUACAGACCAUCUUCAUCCACACCAGCGGUACGAGCGAGUUGGUCGACAAUUCCAAGGGAAUGUACAAGUCGGACAAGAUUUACUCCGACGAGCGUCCCGAGGAGGUCGACACGGUUCCAGACUCUGCUCCUCAUCGCCAGAUCGACUUGGCCAUCCUGAAAGCGCGGAAGGAGCUCGGGACGAAGGCCAAGAUCAUCAUCAUUCUUCCUCCGCUGGUGUAUGGCGUCGGCAAACGAAUCAAACGGCUCACAAUCCAGCUUCCGACCAUGGCCAGGUUCGCCUUGAAGCACGGAUGGGCUCCCGUCAUUGGCAAAGGACUUUCAGUGCGAUGCACGAUCCACGUGCAGGACCUGGUAAGGGCGUACAUGGUCAUUCUACACUGGAUGGAGACCAGCAGUGCCGAGGAGGUCCUCAAGAACCCUUAUUUCUUUUGUGACAGUGGCGAGGAAAUGGCAUGGGGAGAUGCUGCCAGGGAGAUUGGCAGGGAGUUGUUCAAGGCAGGUAGGAUUCAAGAUCCAGAACCGAGACCCGUCCCUCCCGAGCUGUUCGACGACCUCUUCGGGCCGUACAGCCCAACGACGGUCGGGGCAAACUCCAGAAGCCGCGGCGAAAGACUGCGGAAAAUGGGAUGGCAGCCCAGAGAGAAGGGCGUUUUGCGGUCACUUCGGGAGGAUGAGCUGCCGAUCAUAUUGCAAGAGUCUGGCCCUUUCAGUGGGUAUACCGGUGUUGCGUCGUCUGGGACACACGUAUUGAAGAGUCUAGAGUAGUCUGUUACUGCAAAAAGCACGGAGAUUGAGUCAG